AUGACGAAGCGAGCGAAUCCACCACCGUUGUCAAGAUCCCUGGUGCAGGACAAUGUUCCCGCUAAAGUGACCGAUCGGCUGUGGAUUGGGUCCAUCCAUGCGGCCUUUAACCAGGACAGCAUGCAAGAUAGGGGGAUCACGCACGUCUUGAACGCGUCUGGUUUGCCGGCAACGUUUCCCCGGCAAUUCACGUACUUCACCGUGGACAUUCGAGACAAGGAGAGCUCCAACAUCCUGACCGCCAUCGGCGCUGUCAACAUCUUCGUCGAGGCCGGGAUAGAAAAGGGAGGCGUUCUUGUCCACUGUGCCGGCGGACGGUCCCGCUCGGCGGCGUUUGUCGUGGCCUUCAUAAUGUCAACGCAAGGCUGUUCCUAUGACGCCGCCUACGCGCAGGUACGACGGGCCCGGCCAGUCGCCUCCGUGAACCGCGGCUUCGAGCAGCAGCUAAGGGCGUAUGGUGCCGCUCAGUGCGACGUUUUCGCCGCGCACCAGAUGAUGCUCCGUAUCCGAGCGGCGGCACUCUUGGAUCGAAGAAAUUUGCUCCUCCUGCGAAGGAGCAGUGGCGUCACGCCGUCGGAAACGGUCGGAGAUGGCGCGGCGGGAGGGGAGGCAGCAGAGCACACCAGGACAUCGCCAACAAGGCCGUCUGCUCAACACCAGCUAGGUGCAACAGGGGCGGCGGCUGCGGCGGGGUCAGUGUCCACAGCGGGAAUACCCCCUACCCCGAGGUCUCCGCGCGGAAGAGGGCGGUCGCCCGCCGGGAUAAACCCGCCCAACAUCGACCUACCAAGUCUGCAGGCUGUCCUCGCUCGCAGCUCCCCGCGGAACCAGGCGGAUCAAUACGCACCGGAUGCCGGUGCUUCGCCCCUCUCCCUGGUUACCUCGAACUCCACGGCAACGAUCACGAGCUCCAUGGCGGCAUCACAACAACAAUCUCCACCCUGCAGCGGGAGUGCCAGCGCCAGCGGUGGUAGCAGCAGCUGCAGCGGUGGCACGGACACAGUAGUCACCCGCGGGCGCGGAGAUAGACGGUCACCUAGCCCGCUGUCGGAGCGGAGGGGCCAGUCUAGGGUGGCGGUAGCGACGACGACGACGGUUUCGGUUUCUUCUGGGUCUCCGACAACGAGGCGAUCGGCCGCCGCUCGACGACCCCCACCACCGUUGCGAGUCAUAACCACAGAGCUUGGCCCAGACCGCCCCCCCAUGCACAAUCGGUGGGUGCCGGAAGGGUUUCUUGCCGGGGUUCAGGCAACAACGGCGGGAGCAGGUCCUCCGUUGCAGGGGGCAACGGUGACGGUCGGAGGGGGCGGGGCAGGGGGCGGAGGAGGGACUGCAGUAGCCGAGGCAAUACGGUUGCAGUCCCCGUUAGGGUUCACGCCUUCCCCAAGUAGGUUAAGACCUUGGGCGGCGGGGCGGUGCAGCAGUGGGACGGCGACCGGUGGCGGUGGCGGUGGAGGGUGUGCAGGAGACAGCCGGUGCGGAGAUGGCCAGCGAAACAGCCCGGUGUUUGCCUUCGAAAGUGAGGACGAUUCGAGCAACGUCGAUCCGUUUGAGCGGGAGGGGGAGGGAACGCUUGCGGAGGCAUAUCCCGUGGCCGUGGAUGCGAUUUACACCGCUAGCGGCAGCGGUGGGAGCGGUGUCAUUAGCGUAGGCAGCGGCGGAGGCGGCAUGUCGUACCCAGGUUGGGAAGGUGCGGUGGGAAGCGGGGGAGGGAGCGCGGGGUGCCGGAGAUUACGCCGGGCGACUGGGACACCUACGAACGCGACCCUCCAGUCCGGAGAGUUUAAUUUGAUGCUGUCGUCAAAAGUGCCCCUGUCCGCGGGCUCUGGGAUGGAGAGCGUGAGCCCCUUGAUGACCCCACGAUCCCCCAGGACGCCGGCUUCGUGCGGGAGCACCAGUCCAUGCGCGUCGGACGGCUCAUUUUCGAAUAGCCUAAGCAGGCCGCAGUCGGCUGAGAAGCGGCAGUUCUUGAUGCGGAUGAACCAGAUGGAAUCUCGAACACUGGCGACGACCGGGCCGCCUAGCUUCCCGGACACGGAGAGCCAAAAUGAACGGCCCACCUCGCGGCCAGGGGGUCGAUGGCUACACGUCGAUCUGUUGGACUGGAUGGGGGAUAUCAUGGUAGCACCGACCGGCCACAUCUGCUGUCCGAGCUCGGGAUGCGGAGUUGAGCUCGGAAACUGGUCGUGGGAGAAGCCGGAGGCGGCAGGUCUGAAGUCCCCGACGGGUCCGCCAUUGAUCCGCCUGGACAAGGCGCUCAUCAAAAACACGAGCUACAUGCGGUCGCAGCUAGACAGCAGUCGGUCGAGUCUGAGCCGAGACAACACGCCCAAAAGCUCCCCGUGUGCCAGUGCAAACAGUCCAAGCAAGGGCUCUCCUGGAAGUGCUUUGCCGGAGUCGGAUUUGAGGCGGUCAUCUGGUAUUUUAGAGAGUAGGUUGGCUGGGCUGUCGGCAUCGCCGCAGCUCACACAGCCCGCGCGAGGUUCUCCCGGGUAG